CGUCUAGAGUGGUGACUGCUGGGUCAGUCGAGCGGGAUACUGAUGGCUGCAAGCGUCCCCCGGGAGCUAGCAGACCCUUUCCCGCACCAUUGCCUGCUAGAGUGUGUCCUGGGCCUGGCUCGAGGACAUCCCAUAGAAAAUGCUUCCCAGGCUCAUCGCCAUUAAGUUGUGAAGAUCAGCCUAAAAACUUUGGUUCAUCCUCAAAAUCUCAGACAACAAACGGACAGCUGGAGACCGACACGGAGACAAGAAGCGACAGGCAGGCGGAGUUUAGGAAGGCCGUAAACCUGAAACAGAGGUAGAGACAUAUUUGUUGCACUUAAAGGAGCGACGUGACGGUGUAGUGGUAAGAGUGAGUGAAGAGGAGAUCCCCAUAACAGGUAACGAAAACGAAGUGAUAGCGAACAUUGCAGCCUUCGCCUCAUCCACGUCGUCCCCGUCAUGGCUCUGUGGAACAUGACCACGGCGUCUAUUCCUGUCAUGAUUCCCGGAGUGUCUGAGAACCCCUGGGAUGAUGCAGUGCCUGGAGGCUGUGCAGAGGUUGUCAUGGGUGAAGUUAACGCUACUUGCUUCUCAGAGAACGAGGUGGUAGCCCAGUCAGAUGGCAGCAAUAAUACCCAGGGACAGACCUACGCCAUUAUUGUGCCGGUAAUAAUUGGACUCUGCGUGACAUCAGGCCUGGUGAGCAGCGCUGUGAUGUGUGCCUGCCCGUGGGUCAAGCGGCCCAUGUCACCCAUCGUGCGUCUCUCGCUGUCACUGACCGCCGCAAACACGGUCUUCUCAGUCUCACUGUCAAUCGCUCUGCUGGUCAAUUCCUACCUGCCGGCUGUGUAUGGCGUGACAGUGGGAAAGUGUACCAUGCUGUCCUUGGAGGCGGUACGCAUGGGCAGCAUCAUGGUACAGAUCCUCCACCUGCUGGCCGUGGCGCUCACUCACUAUAUAGGCACCGUCAGGCCGCUCCACUACGCCUCCACCAUGACACCCCUCGCCCUCAAACUUAUUCUCGCCUGGCUGUGGCUAGUCCCAAUGACGGGAAUGUUCGUCGCCUUCGCCAGCAUACCAGGCCAAGGCUUCCAGUCUCCUUCUUGCAGUGAGAACUACUUUUACAUUUCGGGUAUAACGUUCCGCAUCAUAUGGGCGCUGUUGUUUUUCGGGCCCACGGUGCUAAUCAGCAUGGUGUACUGCCGCAUCUUUCACCUCCUGAACCACCGCGCCCUCUCCUUGGUAAGCGCCGAGCAGAGGAAUCAGCUCAGGAGGAAUAUCAAGACUGUGCGCACCACAGCGCUCAUCGUUGGCUCAUUUGUGGUAGGCUGGGGUCCGGCUAUGGUGAAAUUUCUGUUAGUUUGUGACGAAUGUCCCAUCAAGCCGGGUAGUAUCAGUCUUACCACCAACAUAGCUCUUGGAGUUAUCGUCAACAUCAUUUUCUGCCUCAAGGUGUUCACGGACACUUUCAUCUAUGCGGUGCAGCUGCGUGACGUGCGCAGAGGUCUGCAGGCCAUGUGGCGACAUCUGAGGGAAAAGGUGACGGGACAGCCCGCGGAGGGUCCUUCUAGGACUGUUUCUAGGAUCUCUCGUACAGCCUCCACCAGAGUCUCUCUGGGUUCCCCGGCACUGCGCAGGCUGCGUGCCUCUCUCUCUCGCUCCUCCCGCGGUUCCGCUUCUUUCAAAUCGAAUACUCUCUCCCACCCAUCCCUACAGCUGGCCAGGACGAGCAGCCUCCCUCCCUCCUCUGCAACACACUGCAAUUCACCCUCCUGGCCCGUCACCCUUGAGGUCUCCGUGUACACCAAUAACCACCACAAGGACGAAGUGCGUCUAACUACAUUAGUAGAGGAGACACACCUAGACCCGAUACAGGAGGACGAUCAGGAUCGCCUGUGAUUGGGAGGUGGUGCAGGGACAACAUUCAUUCGCUCUGCACCAGUGCCUCUCUAGCCACCUUAACGCGUUCGCUGUAAGGCGUUGUAUAGAAAAUUAUCAAGUAAUUCUCAGAUGAUGAUCUCAUUCAUUUGGUUCAUAAUAUGAAAAUAGUUGAACUUUACCUAAAUGUAAAACGAUAAUGGCGCUCAGUGUCACUUUUUAGGAGUCAAUAAUAGAUAUUCUGUAUUAAAUAGUGUUUUAUGAAAUUUUAAAGAGUUGUGAGUUAAAAUAUACCUACCCACUGUGUUCUUAUAAAAGGGACUGAACUAGACUGUCUGCAUAAAUGAUAAGAUUAAUAAUGCGAUUCAUAAAGUGGAUAAAUGUUAUACAGAAAGCGGAAAAAUGGAGCAUAGAAAAGGAGGAGUAAAACGACUUAAGGAAAUUAGAAAAGAAAAUAUUUAAGAGGGAUAUCUUGGAAUGAAAGAGUGAGUUUCCGAGCCUGGGGGAGUGUCUGGGAAGCAAGUGGGCGGGAGGGUGACAAGGGCGUGACAGAGAUGGAUCAGUCUUGUCCAAGAAAUGACGAAGCUGCAGCUGUUCCUCAUGAAGGUGCUGAGUUUUGGAAAGAAAUGUGAAAAGUCUAAGGCUCCUUCUCACAUUCCUUUUGGAGAAUUAUUGUUACUCGACAAAAUGUACGGGAUACUAGGAAACGAUGCAAAACUGGACGAUGUAUCUUCAUGUUAUUUAUUCUCAUCGCGUAUUGACACUGGACCAGUGAAACAAUGUAAUGACCAUGUAUGAUGAGAGUUUGGAACAGUCUCUACGUGAAGCAGCAGUGGUGUGACUUGUAUCCUUCUCUGUGUACUGCUUUUUGUCCGCUGUCAACAGAUAUCUCGUCUUAGGUUAGCGAUCCAUCGGUCAUAAUCCAGAUGAAGUGGCAAUGUUGUCCCUCUUUGGCACUACACCUUAAUUAAAUCAUACAGUCUGAAUGGUAGUUGACAUUUUACUUGUAGCCAAUCAAGGACCUGUCUCACUGUGACUACAUGUUUUGCUUUAUAAAUUUCCAUUUUCCUGAUAAAACAAUCCGAAGAAGAGGAACAUAAUUAGAAGAAAAUGUAUGUUAUGAAUUUUCUCAGCUCACAUCUUUCCGAAUACACUCUGGCGCUGAACCUCUUGAAAUGGCCCUCGGGAUGCUCUGAACACCGGUAGGAAAGAGUGGGAGGAGUAGUGGCUUGGCAGAAAGGAUAAGGGACAGUGGUAAACUAUGUGUUGCGAGAGAUGAAAGUGUC